AUGGCGCGCUACCUCACGCCAGCCAAGAUUGGCCUCCUCGCCCUCGUCGAGCUCUACACAGACGAACACGUCCCCAGCACAGCCAUCAUCCCGGUCCUGUCCUUCAUCACAUCCCGUCUUCUCGACCCAGACCCGCAGAGUCUGACAACCGCCGCCAGCAUAGAAAACCGCUGGCAGAAAGCAGAGAGCACCGUCAGCCUUGUCAUCGGAAUCAAGGAUUUCGAAAAGCUGCUCAGCGCUCACUCCGUUGUCGUCGGUCUGCCUGGGAGGAAGCUAUGGGACACAUUCCUUGCAAAACUAUGGGACAUCAAUUCUCUGGAUGCACUUCAUGAAUUCUUUGGUCGACAAUCGAAGUGCCUAGUCAAGACGAAAGAGGAACUGCGCCGACUUGGGAUUGAGGGGGAUGCGGCGGCCCAGGAGCAACUAAAACGGGCGGGCAUCACCCUGUCGAGAAAUUCGCCCCUCGGGCAGUUCGUCAGGAGGAGUCAGCUGGAGUUCUCGCGACUGCGGUUCCACGAUGUCACGCAACUCUGGACAGACUUUGUUCAGUACCGACAACCCACCGCGGGGUACCUACGUCGGAGGAAUCCGUCAUUCGGACGGCUGAGCUUCGACAAUGUGCUCAUGACGGGAGACCAGGCGGAUUGGGAUCCGGAGGGCGUGGCGGCGCUGACUUCUGUCGUCUACGGGGACAUGGUGUCAAGCGGCACGCCCUCUGCUGUUCCAGUCAGUACAGAUGACAUUGAGCUCUUGUUGGAGUUUCAAAUCGAUCAGAUGCAGAAAUUCGGCACACGAAUACCGCUCGAACUCCGCAACCAAUUCCAUGACCUUCUGGGCGACAGCUUUUUGGUACCCAGCUUGAGGCAUUACUUGAGCUUUCUGGACGCGUGGAAAUCCGGCGAUUACCCCACAGCAUUCGAUUUCCUCCACCAGUAUUUUGACUACACGAUGCAGAACCGGGACAGAGCAUUCUACCAAUACGCGCUAAUGAACCUGGCCGUGCUUCAGGCAGACUUUGGCUGCUACAAAGAAGCCAUGGCCGCGAUGCUCGAGACCGUGUCCACGGCCCGCGAAAACCGCGACAUGUCCUGCCUGAACUUCGCCCUUAGCUGGCUCUUCCACUUCGGUAUGGCCCAUCCAGAUCUGGUUAAGGACUUGGAAGCGGACAGUCUGUUGGGUACAGCAAAGGAGAGCCUUGCCUACCUGCGCGUUAAGGCCAAGGAGACGGGAAUGUGGAUGCUGUGGGCUUCAGUGCUUCUCAGCGAGGCAAAGCUCGGUCUCGCAAACGGAGAGAGUGUGGCCACGUCCAUCGAGCUCAUGGUCCGCAGCUCGCACCUGGUUGUCGAGCGGAACAUGAAGAGCAUGUUUGGGGGUCAGCUUUCCAUCAUGAUUGCCUUGUGGGACAGGAUCGGUCUCGCGUCGCUCUCGGCCAUGAACUGCGAGAUAUUUCUUCGCUGUCACGCAAGGCAUUCGACCUUUGAGGACGAGUUGAAGAUCACGGCUCGCCUAGCUCAACAGCUCGUGGCAAGGGGCAAAUUCGACGAGGCGCUGCAAAAGAUGGAGACCUUGGACGAAAACUCGUUGCGAGCUUGGAAGCCGAACCAAUACUGGUUCAAGUACCGAGGAAUCAUCAAGCUGAGGAGAGAUUUGCACCAUAACAACCUUGAUGGCGCGGAGCAACUCCUCGCCCAACUUUUACAAUCGAAGAAAGACGACCUCGAGGUCGACAUGGCCUUCGUCAUCGACUUCCUUCACGUCGACUGCCUCAUCCGACGGGGCAACCUGCCAGAAGCUUUUUCCAAGGUAGAAAGCAUGCUUGCUUCGCUUCGGGACGACAAGAGGGACAUCCAGCUCCGCGUGAGGUUGAUGCUGCUCAAAGUCCAUCUCUACGACAAGUGUGGUCGGCCACAGCGAGGGUUUACCAUCGCCAUGCGGGCCGCCAGCAUAGCUUGGAGGUCGAGGCUGGUAGCGAGCUUGUGGCAGGCCAUUGGUGCCAUCGCCAACAUCCUGACGUCGCUGGAAGAGUUCGAGGCUUCCAUCCAGCUGCUCAACGCCAUCCUCCCACGCAGCCUCGAGUGUGAUUCGGCGGCCCUGGCAGGACAGCUGUAUUCCUUCCUCGCAGACGCCAACAUGGGCAUGGCAGGCAAGAUGGCGCCACAGUCAGCGAAGCGCAGGGAAUAUCUGACUCGAGCCACCGGCGCCAUCCAAAAGGCGUUUGAUUACUAUUCCAGCAUCGAGGACAUCACACGGCAGUGUGAGAUGAUGGCCAAGAAGGCCACCAUCAUGAAGGUGGCGGGAGAUAAGGUCCUCGCAGCCGACUACGCGGCCGCAUAUGUUGCGUUACGGAAAAGCGCUGCUUCGCUCUCGGUAUCAUAG